GCCUUCACGCGCACACCCCGGACAGAAAAUUCACCGCGAAUUAACCCCCUGACCGCUGCAUCAAACUCCCUACGGUGCUUUCCACAACAGCCCUGGUUCUCCCACACCAUAAAAUAAGACACUUUCAGAGGUAUCAGAGCACAGAGCUAUUGGAAUAUAGCUUUUCUGGGACAUGCUGCUUUUAAUUCAAAAGAGAUAAACUUACUCACAUCAGACAUUUUAAAAUGGAGUCUAUUUCUUCAACCUCAAACCAUACUCAAAGAGUGCUGAAAAUGGGACACAAGUGYAUCUCUAAACCYUCRCCGUUACAAACAUUCAUCCUCUCCACCAUCCUCCUCUUCAUCUCCCCUACCUCUGCCAUGCCAGGGCCUGACUAUGGAGGCCACCCGCGGUUCAUCUGYAUUCCCGUCCCUGCCGAUACCGACCCUGCCUGCUUCCCCUCUGGGGGGCCAGUCAUGGGGCCUAGCGGGGCAGGGCACCACGCGCCUCCUGUAGGGCCCCCGARCAAUAAUGGCUGGUGGGGAAUGACAGAGGAGGCUAAAACCACUAUUUUACACCUGAGAGAGAGCCUGGUGCAGCAGAAAGAGACCAUCCUGGAUAUGAGAGAGACCAUCAGGGAGCUGACCGCCAAGCUCACCCUGUGUGAGGGCUCUGGGCCGGGCAUCGGGGCUCACAACGACCACCAUGRACCUCCAUCUCAUCACGGAGGGGCUGUCAGCCAUCUGCCUUACGCUGACAAYGGUCACCAUGGCAACCAGCAGGGYCACCAUGGAAACAACAACCAUGCCUUGGAUGCAGCCGGACACUACCCUGGGAAUGGRGGGCACCGGUYGGAYAGUGGGCAUAACAACAGGGGGAAGGAUAAACACGCAACACCAGAGGAUAUGAUAUCAUCAAAAUCGCCGGAGGAACUGGGCAGGAUGCUGCAGGCCCUUAAAGAGAGAAUGGAUAACCUGCAGCAGUCACGGAACACCUCCACCAYCUACUCCAGCUCUCUGAAGGAGCUCCUCCAGAGGAAGAUCAGUGCUCUGGAGCAGCAGAUGCACCACACCGCUGCUGCCCUCAGCAGCAGCCCCAAUCCCCAUGACGACAGCGAUCACCACGAUGACGGGCACCAUGAAGAUCACGACGAUGACGGGCAUCACGAUGACAGUCACCAUGACAAUCACCAUGACAAUGACGGGCAUCACGACGACAGUCACCAUGACGACCACCCCGAUGAUCACCAUGAUGAUGGGCAACACGACAAUGAGGCAGAUAGCCAUGGUUACCUGCAGAGAACGGGUUUUCGCAUACCAGGGCCCAAGGCUGGCCUGCACUCCAACAACAAACUGGACUCUCUACUGAAUAACCUGCACCACACAGGUACCAACAGCAGGAAGAAGACCAAGACCCCUGAUGCCUUCCAGAUCGGCUUCCCCAUGAGAACCAACUACAUGUACGGGAAGGUGAAGACGACCCUCCUCCACGAGAUCUUUGCCCUCACCCUGUGUCUGUGGAUAAAGGGGGGUGCAGGCCCCGGGCUGGGGACCCCCUUCUCCUACUCUGUACCAGGACAGGCCAACGAACUGGUGCUGAUCGAGUGGGGCAACAACCCCAUGGAGCUGCUGGUGGAUGAUAAGGCAGUGACUCUGCCCCUUUCUAUCAGUGAUGGGAAGUGGCACCAUGUGUGUGUGACGUGGUCGACGAGGGACGGUGAGUGGGAGGCGUACCAGGACGGGGUGAAGAGGGGCUCUGGGGAGAACCUGUCCGCAUGGCAUCCCAUCAAACCUGGAGGGGUCUUCAUCCUCGGACAGGAACAGGACACUCUGGGAGGUCGUUUCGACGCCACGCAGGCGUUUAUGGGGGACAUCUCUGACCUCCAGAUGUGGGCUAAUGUCCUCACAGCCCAUGACAUCUACAGCCUGGCCUCCUGCAACAGCCACCUCAGCGGGGACGUCAUCACCUGGUCCGAGAACGUGGUGGAGCUCCACGGAGGGGUCACCAAGUACCCCUUUGACCCCUGUCACUAAGGGCAACCAACUAUUAUGACAUUACCAAUGGAUCCAUAUCACACACAUACUUAAAAGUGCUCCUAUCGAAGAAGGAUUUUUUCCCGAUCCAGAGUGACUAUGAGAUCACACGGGAUAGAGGAUCCACUCCACUUAAUAUUACCACCUGACUAAAACUAUGCCUUCCUUUUAUUCUGAAAGACUGAAGACCUCCAUUCCCAGAGACUGUGUUAUGACUAUUAUGGAAUUCAAAUGUUUUGAUAAUGAAAUGGACUAUAUAUACAGUGCCUUCAGAAAGUAUUCAUACCCCUGGACUUAUUCCACAUUUUGUUGUGUU